AUGAGCCUGACCGCCCGUGUCUCCUGCUCCAUGCUCAGCUGUUUCGGUGAGGAGGGGCCCCCCAGCCUGGAGUACAUCCAAGCCAAGGAUCUUUUCCCUCCCAAAGAACUAGUGAAGGAGGAAGAAAAUCUGCAGGUGCCCUUCACAGUGCUACAGGGUGAGGGAGUGGAGUUCCUAGGCCGGGCAGCUGAUGCUCUCAUUGCCAUCUCCAACUACCGGCUGCAUAUCAAGUUCAAGGACUCUGUCAUCAACGUCCCCCUCCGGAUGAUUGACAGUGUGGAGAGUCGUGAUAUGUUCCAGUUGCACAUUGCCUGUAAGGACUCCAAAGUGGUGAGGUGCCACUUCUCCACUUUCAAGCAGUGCCAAGAGUGGCUCUCACGGCUAAGCCGAGCCACAGCAAGACCUGCCAAACCUGAAGACCUCUUUGCCUUUGCCUACCACGCCUGGUGCCUGGGGCUGACCGAAGAGGACCAGCAUACCCACCUUUGUCAGCCAGGAGAGCACAUACGAUGUCGGCAGGAGGCAGAGCUUGUGAGGAUGGGCUUUGACCUGCAGAAUGUCUGGAGAGUCUCACACAUCAACAGCAACUACAAGUUGUGCCCCAGUUAUCCCCAAAAGCUGCUGGUUCCUGUGUGGAUCACAGAUAAAGAACUGGAGAACGUGGCUUCCUUCCGUUCCUGGAAGCGGAUCCCUGUGGUUGUGUAUAGACAUCUGCGCAAUGGGGCUGCCAUUGCCCGCUGCAGCCAGCCUGAGAUCAGUUGGUGGGGCUGGCGCAAUGCUGAUGAUGAGUACCUGGUUACAUCCAUUGCCAAAGCUUGUGCCCUGGACCCAGGGGCGAGGGCCACUGGGAGCUCCUCCAGCACUGGGAAUAGUGAUGCGAGCGAGGCGUGUGACACUGACUUUGAUUCUUCCCUGACUGCAUGCUCUGGCGUGGAGAGCACCAUGGCUCCCCAGAAGCUGCUGAUCUUGGAUGCUCGCUCCUACACAGCAGCAGUGGCCAACCGGGCCAAGGGUGGAGGUUGUGAAUGUGAAGGUAUUGCUCCCUCACUAAGGGCUUUGUUUGGUACAGAUGCUGUGGGUGGUAGAGAGACUGUUGUAGCCUCAGCGCCCUUAGUGACAGACUUGAUUUCUGCUCCUGCUAGCUGGUUGUCGGCACUGGAGAGCACCAAAUGGUUGCAGCACUUGUCAGUGAUGUUAAAGGCUGCUGUGCUGGUGGCUAAUACAGUAGACCGGGAAGGCCGGCCUGUGCUGGUGCACUGUUCAGAUGGCUGGGACCGGACGCCACAGAUUGUAGCCUUGGCCAAAAUACUACUGGACCCCUAUUACAGGACAUUAGAGGGCUUCCAAGUGUUAGUGGAGUCUGACUGGCUGGACUUUGGGCACAAGUUUGGAGAUCGCUGUGGCCACCAGGAAAAUGCAGAGGACCAAAACGAACAAUGCCCUGUGUUCCUCCAGUGGCUUGAUUCUGUUCAUCAAUUGCUCAAGCAGUUCCCCUGCCUGUUUGAGUUUAACGAAGCAUUCCUGGUAAAACUGGUUCAGCACACAUACUCCUGUCUCUACGGCACGUUCCUGGCCAACAAUCCCUGUGAGCGAGAGAAGCGCAACAUUUACAAGCGGACCUGCUCUGUGUGGGCUCUCCUGCGAGCUGGCAAUAAGAACUUCCAUAACUUCCUCUACACACCCAGCUCAGAUAUGGUCCUGCAUCCUGUGUGUCAUGUUCGGGCCCUGCACCUCUGGACAGCUGUUUAUCUGCCAGCUUCAUCUCCAUGCACACUUGGAGAGGAAAACAUGGAUCUUUACCUUUCCCCAGUGACUCAGAGCCAAGAGUUCUCUGGCCGCUCUCUAGACAGAUUGCCUAAAACCAGAUCCAUGGAUGACCUUCUUUCUGCCUGUGACACAAGCAGCCCCUUGACUCGCACGUCCAGUGACCCCAACCUGAAUAACCACUGUCAGGAAGCCAGAGCAGGCCUGGAGCCCUGGCACACCAGUCCCGAAGGAUCAGAGACAGCUUUUGUGGAAUCUGAGGCAGGAGGUCCUCAGCCGACUACAGGAGAGAUGGGUCUUCCUCCUCCUCUAUCUAGCAGCCAGAAAGACUACUUGAGCAAUAAACCUUUCAAGAGCCCCAAAAGGUGUUCUCCAAGUUACAAUUUGCUUAAUACUGCAGUGCCCCAGGAAGUGAAGAGCAGCACCUCUGAUCCUGAGAUCAAAGUCCUGGAAGAGACUAAAGUACCAGCUCCAGACCCUCCUGCCCAGGAUGAGCUGAGUAGGACUUUAGAUGGUACAGGGGAGGAGCCAUCUGAACACUGUCCUGAAAAAGAUGCUGUCAGUGUACUCUCCAAGGUCAUUUUCAACAAGUGUGAUAGAAUUUGUGAUUUUCCUGAGUCUUCCCAGGACUUUCUUACAGGUACCCCCCAACAGGCCCAGCUAAACUCCAAACUCGGUGUGCCCUCCAGUUGUUCUUCAGAUCCCGGUCUGGGCACCCUUUGCAACCCACUGAGUGCAGCCUGCCAAACUUCUCUGGACCCAAACCCUGGCUUCCUCAGCCAAGACCCCACAGGGUCUGUGGCAAGUAUCUCCCCCAAAGAACACCCCAGUUCUGUGUACAGUCUGAUUCAUGGGGAAGAGGAUGCUGGCAAAAGAGGGACUGGUAGGAAUGGGCAAUUAUUGGAAAAUCCUCGCUUUGGGAAAAUGCCACUGGAAUUGGCCCGAAAGACAAUUUCUCAGAGCCAAAUCAGUGAGUUCUCUUUUCUAGGGUCCAAUUGGGACAGCUUCCAAGGGAUGGUGACUUCAUUCCCGAGUGGGGAGACCACCCCUCGGCGGCUGCUUUCCUAUGGCUGUUGUAGCAAGAGGUCAAACAGCAAGCAGAUGCGGGCAACAGGGCCCUGCUUUGGGGGCCAGUGGACUCAAAGAGAAGGUGUGAAGUCGCCUAUCUGUUCUAGUCAUUCCAGUGGACACUAUACUGGCCCAGGAGGAAAAAACCGGAUGUGGUUUUCUAGUCACCCAAAGCAGGUCUCCAGUACAAAGCCUGUUCCACUGAGCUGCCCUUCUCCAGUGCCUCCUCUCUACCUGGAUGAUGAUGGACUCCCUUUUCCCACGGAUGUGAUCCAGCAUAGAUUACGACAAAUUGAAGCAGGCUACAAACAAGAAGUGGAACAGCUACGCCGACAAGUACGUGAGCUUCAGAUGAGGCUGGAUAUCCGUCAUUGCUGUGCCCCUCCAGCAGAGCCCCCCAUGGACUAUGAGGAUGAUUUUACGUGUUUGAAGGAGUCAGAUGGCAGUGAUACAGAAGAUUUUGGCUCUGAUCACAGUGAAGACUGCCUUUCAGAAGCAAGCUGGGAACCUGUUGAUAAGAAAGAAACUGAGGUGACUCGCUGGGUUCCAGAUCAUAUGGCAUCACAUUGCUAUAACUGUGACUGUGAAUUCUGGUUGGCCAAACGAAGACACCAUUGCAGAAAUUGUGGGAAUGUAUUUUGUGCUGGAUGCUGCCACCUGAAGCUGCCCAUUCCUGAUCAACAACUCUACGACCCAGUUCUCGUCUGUAACUCAUGUUACGAACACAUCCAAGUAUCUCGUGCCAGGGAACUCAUGAGCCAACAUCUGAAGAAACCCAUUGCUACAGCUUCCAGCUGA